ACAACUUGCGCAUUCUUCACCUACUUAGGUACUGAUAUGGUAAAAUAGGUCAUUGAUUAGCCUUUCACGUCAUUUUCGCACUAAUGGCUGAUUGAUCCCACUGUGAACGUGAAUGCACCAUUUUCUAUCAGACAUUUGGUUUCACCUCAUUGUUUCUGUCAGUCUGCUGAGCAUCGGAACACAAUGUGGAAGCUGAAGAUUGCGGAGGGAGGGAGUCCAUGGUUGCGUUCAGUGAACAAUCACGUUGGCAGACAGGUCUGGGAGUUUGAUCCUAAGCUUGGAUCGCCAGAGGAACUCAUGGAGAUUGAGAAAGCUCGCGAAACUUUCCACAAAAAUCGCUUUCGCACGAAGCAUAGCUCUGACCUAAUGAUGCGCAUUCAGUUUGCAAAAGAGAAUCCAAGAGAUGUGGUUUUACCUCAAGUCAAAGUCAAAGAUAUAGAGGAUAUUACUGAGGAGACAGUGACAAGAACAUUAAAGAGAGCCAUAAGUUUCCAUUCAACGUUACAGAGCCAUGAUGGACACUGGCCAGGAGAUUAUGGAGGUCCCAUGUUUCUUUUGCCUGGCUUGGUAAUUACUCUGUCUGUCACUGGUGCACUAAAUGCGAUCUUAUCAGAAGAACAUAAAAAGGAAAUGCGCCGUUACCUCUACAAUCAUCAGAAUGAGGAUGGUGGCUGGGGAUUGCAUAUCGAAGGCUCAAGCACCAUGUUUGGUACUGUUUUGAGUUACAUAACUCUCAGAUUGCUUGGUGAAGGAGCAAAUGAUGGAGAAGGGGCCAUGGAGAAAGGCCGUGAUUGGAUUCUAGAGCAUGGUGGUGCUACUUAUAUAACAUCAUGGGGGAAGAUGUGGCUUUCAGUUCUUGGAGUAUAUGAAUGGUCUGGAAAUAAUCCCCUUCCACCUGAGAUAUGGCUUCUUCCAUAUGUGCUUCCAUUCCAUCCAGGAAGGAUGUGGUGUCACUGUCGGAUGGUCUAUUUGCCAAUGUCUUACUUAUAUGGGAAGAGGUUUGUUGGUCCAAUCACACCAACAGUGUUGUCUUUGAGGAAGGAGCUUUAUACAAUUCCAUAUCAUCACAUAGAUUGGAAUCAGUCACGUAAUUUGUGUGCUAAGGAAGACUUGUACUAUCCUCACCCACUUGUGCAGGAUAUUCUCUGGGCAUCACUUCACAAUGUUGUUGAGCCUAUUUUGAUGCGUUGGCCUGGAAAAAAGUUGAGAGAGAAGGCUAUCAAGAUGGCAAUUGAGCAUAUACACUAUGAAGAUGAGAAUACUCGUUAUAUCUGCAUAGGGCCAGUGAAUAAGGUGUUGAACAUGCUCUGCUGUUGGGUGGAAGAUCCAAAUUCAGAGGCCUUCAAGUUGCAUCUUCCAAGGAUAUAUGAUUAUCUAUGGCUUGCUGAAGAUGGCAUGAAAAUGCAGGGAUACAAUGGAAGUUCACUGUGGGAUACUGCAUUUGCUGUCCAAGCAAUUGUUUCUACUAACCUCUCUGAAGAAUACGGGGCAGCACUCAGAAAAGCACACAAGUACAUUAAGAAUUCACAGGUUUUAGAAGAUUGUCCUGGUGAUCUUAAUUAUUGGUAUCGUCAUAUUUCGAAAGGCGCUUGGCCGUUUUCAACUGCAGAUCAUGGAUGGCCUAUUUCUGACUGCACAGCCGAAGGAUUGAAGGCUGCUCUUUUGUUAUCCAAAUUUCAACCAGAGGUUGUUGGUGAGCCAUUGGAUGCUAAGAGAUUAUAUGAUGCUGUUAAUGUCAUUCUCUCAUUGCAGAAUGCAGAUGGUGGUUUUGCAACAUAUGAACUCACCAGAUCUUAUGCAUGUUUGGAGAUUAUUAAUCCUGCUGAAACUUUUGGUGACAUCGUCAUUGAUUAUCCCUAUGUGGAGUGUACGUCAGCAGCAAUACAAGCUUUGAGGUUAUUUAGCAAGUUGUAUCCUGGUCACCGCAGACAAGAAAUAGAACAUUGUAUUGAAAAAGCUGCCGCCUUUAUUCAAGAAAUUCAAGAUUCAGAUGGUUCAUGGUAUGGCUCUUGGGGGGUUUGCUUCACAUAUGGUGCAUGGUUUGGAGUAAAUGGGUUGAUUGCUGCUGGAAAGGACUUCAAUAAUUGCUCGAGUGUCCGGAAAGCUUGUGAAUUUCUGCUUUCUAAGCAGCUCCCUUCUGGUGGCUGGGGAGAAAGUUAUCUCUCUAGUCAAAACAAGGUGUAUUCAAAUCUGGAAGGAAACAGGUCUCAUGUAGUAAAUACAGGGUGGGCAAUGCUGGCUCUCAUUAGUGCUGGACAGGCAAAGAGAGAUCCAACACCUUUGCACCGUGCUGCCAAAUAUUUGAUUAAUUCCCAAAUGGAGAACGGCGAUUUCCCACAACAGGAAAUAAUUGGAGUUUUCAAUAGGAACUGCAUGAUCUCUUACUCUGCAUACAGAAACAUAUUCCCGAUUUGGGCAUUGGGAGAGUAUCGAAAUCAUUUAUUGGAAGUUCAUUAACUUACCCACUCCGAUUGUCAUCUCAGACAUAUCUACUUUAUCUAUUUCUUAAUCUGGCAGAGAAGCAAACUCUUGAUAUUCGUCAAUAUUUUUUUUUUUGCCAUGGGGGAAGUCAAUUUCAAUACUCAAUCAAUAUAAUGCUGAUGGAAUGAUGAGAAAAAGAAAGUUUGCAUAGAAGAGGUUGAAACAUUAGGGCAGUUGACAGUGAGACAAGGAAGAGACCAGGGCGAGGAUGGAAAGUUUCUACUUGUGAUGGAGGGAGUCCUAUGCCUACAUGAUGAAUGAUCUCUAGGGUUUCACUUUCAUGAGCCUAUAGAUGAUCCAUGCUUUUUUUUAAGUAAAAAGCUAUGGAAACUCUGCCAUGCGAUGAAUGUAAUGCAUUAGGUCCAAAGUGUUAGGGGGGAUUUUUUUUUUUCCUUUUUUUUUCAAAUAAAGGACACGAGACCUAGGUGAAUUGUAUCAGCAUGAACAUUACGGGCUUUAGUAUCUUAUUCCAGUUUCUAGACGUAGAAUGUGCUUGCCUAAUCUUGGCAUUUUAGCUUUGCAAGAAAUCCUUCCGUACUUGUCUGAUCUUGGGAUUUUUUUUUUUUUAAAUAAAUGACACGAGACCUAGGUGAAUUGUAUCAGCAUGAACAUCACGGGCUUUAGUAUCUUAUUCCAGUUUCUAGA